AUGGCCAUCUCAAGUCUUUUGGCUCUCAUCUUACCGCUGGUGAUCACCUUCGGAAUUCUUGCUGUGGCCAUUUACGAGCAUGUUGCUUCGUUGUCUUUGUCCCUCCCGAUCGCACCCACGUUGACCGCUUUUACGAUCGCGUUGCCCGUUGCUGCUAUUGCCAAUGCAAUCUACCUUAUCCUCAGCCGCCAACGUCGAUCUCAAACUAGCAGAACGAAGAGCCUUCUAUGGACGAGCGUGCAAUAUGGAAGCGUUCAGCUCCCUAGCCUGCCAGUCGUCUUGCAGUUCCUGCAGGGCAUCAUCACAGUGGCCACAGCGGCGAUACUCAUAGUCAACAACAUCGCUGGGGGGUCUCCGAGUUCUUCUUCGCCAUCCCCCACCCUUCGAUGUGCUCUUGAGACAACAUGGCAGCAGCUGUACAGCGCACACGAUGCCGCUGCUUUACGGCGGAUCCAGGACGCGCUUAACUGCUGCGGCUUCAACAGUGUUGUCGACCGGGCAUGGCCGUUUCCGCACGGAAGCGGAAGCACCACGUGUGCGCAAUCGUAUGGCCGCACGACUGCGUGCCGUGUGCCCUGGAUGCAGACAGUGCAACGACGAGCAGGCGUGGAUCUGGCGGUGGUCGUGGUCGUGGCGCUCUUUCAGGUUCUCACACUCGUCGUCAGAGAGUGGCCGGCCUCAUCUUUCAGCUAUCACCCGCACGGAAGCGGUGAGCAGCAAGGUGUGCGCAGGCCUCUUCUGGAGGAUCGCGUUGCGGAGGCUUAUACGGAUGACGUGGAUGACGUGGAUGGCACCGAUGAGGCCAGGGAAGAUGCCAACAAUCACCAGGACAGCAAUGGCCCACGUCUGGAGCCGUCGGGAUUGCAGAACGCGUGGUCCACUGACUAA